GCCCACAAGAUAAGCAAACACAAGAUCUAUUUUGAGCUUAAUUUGAAAUCAAAAAAAAAUUCUAGAAAAUAGAUGGCAAGUUUCUCUGAGGAAUGGGCUUUGGCAUUUGGACUACUUGGUAACAUUUUGUCGUUCAUGGUGUUUCUCUCUCCAAUACCAACAUUCUAUACAAUUUACAAGAAGAAAACAAGCGAAGGUUAUCAAUCAAUUCCUUACGUGGUGGCACUUUUUAGCGCAAUGCUUUGGAUUUUCUACGCAUUUCUCAAGUCCAAUGCCACUCUUAUCAUUACCAUCAACGCCUUUGGCUGUUUCAUUGAGACCAUUUACGUCUGCUUCUAUCUCUUCUACGCCCCAAAGAAGCUCAGGGUACAAACCCUAAAGAUGAUUGCGCUUCUUAUAAUUUGUGGGUUCGGAUUCAUCGUUGUGUCGACUAUUUUUCUGGUGAAGCCGUCGCGACGCGCCAUGGUGGUUGGUUGGAUUUGCCUCAUCUUCUCCUUGUGUGUGUUCGUUGCGCCAUUGUGCAUACUGAGAAAGGUGAUACAAACCAAGAGUGUUGAGUACAUGCCAUUUCUUCUAUCACUAUUCCUUACACUAAGCGCCGUCAUGUGGUUUUUUUAUGGUCUUCUAAUCAAAGAUUUCAACGUUGCAGCUCCAAAUGUGCUUGGGUUCAGCUUUGGGCUGGUUCAGAUGGCACUCUACGUUAAGUACAAAAAUGCGGGGAAAAUGAGCAGUAAGCAGAAGCUUCCAGAAACAGUAGUAACUCAAGUUGUAGAGUUGGAGGAGCCAAAAAAUUCAGACCAUAUUGUCAAACUUAAUGAAGCGUUACAUUCAGAAAAUAUUCGAGAAGCUUCUAAGAAUGAUGAGAUAAAUAAUGAUGGAGUCGAAGGAUUACAGCAAAAAUAAACAAUGAGGAUUUACCUAAACCAGAGUCUCAAGUCUGAUGGGGGCUACGCAUUUACUGCAUCAUAUAUGUAAUAUAUGGUUUGCAAUUUAUGUGGCAUCUCUGCAUCACAAUUUGUCUUUUGCCAUUAUCUUCUUAUUUCUUCUUCUCUCUAAUUUUCCCUUUAUGUAGUGGCUCUAUAGUAUUUAUUAAGUGCAAUCGUUGGUCCACAAUAAAACGUCGUGUGUAAUAUGUCUGCUUCACUAUUUAUGUGUUAUUAUUAUUAUUGUUAUCGUUAUUA